ACCCAGCCCAGCUGGUCUUCAUGUGGAGUCAGUCUGGUCUCUCUGAGUCAGGAACUUUGGGUCCAUCUGAACCACUGGCGUUGUCUUUUCUCCAGGGUCCGUUCAGACCUGUACCUAAGGUCUGUCCUUCUGUCACAGACCAAGCUGCUGGAGGAAAUGAAGCAGAGUCUGAACCUCUUUGGUCUGCAGCUCCUGGUUCUGAUGGAACAGUACAUAUGUGGUGUUCUGUCUUCGAUAGGCCAGACUGAGUCCGACUCUUUAUCCAGAAAUGUGUUGGAGGAUACUUUAGCAGGAACAGACCUGUACAACCAGGUGGUGGAGGAGCACAGGACUCACCUGUCUGCCUCUGUCCUGAGGCAGUCAGCUCUACGGCACUGUGCUGAACCCUUCACUAGUCUUCCAGCAUCUGACCAGCAUCAGCCUGCUGCGUUCUCAGUCAAAGACUUGCUGACCAUUCUGGCUGUGCAUCAUGCAGAAGUAGCAGCCAGGCACUUACACUGUAGGAUUUCUGAGCAACACUGCCAGGCUUGUAAAGCUCAUUGCAGCUACACAUCCCUCUCUGAUAACUUCAGUCAGGGGUCUGGGUGCAGCUGUGGGAGGUCUUCCUGGACCUGGAAACAACUGCAGCAGGCCCACCUCACUUGUAACCAACCCAAUGCACUGCCAUCAUCUUCCAAGAAACCCCCUGCCAUCAUCCCUGACCAUCAUUUGGACCAUCGUCCACCUGGUUUGACCAAGCCACGUCCUUUCAAACAGAAAGAGCAGAACUCCAGAGAGGACCAAGCCAGACCGUGCCAUACCUGCAUAUCCCUGGCUCGUCUCACUCAAACCAGUCUAGAAACUCUGGACUUAGUUCAACCGAAUGUAGAGGAAAAGAGGUGUUCAGAGAACUGUGAUCUCCUGAGAGCCUGCAGCAGUCAUCAUCACCUCCCAGCCCUGCAUCUCUGUCAGCUGGACCAUUCUGUGGAGCUCCUGCUGCAUCUCCUCAUCUCCUCCACCUCCCUGCUGGCUCCUCCGGUGCUUCACACGCCAACCGAGCAGCUGGUCCCAAAUACCAAUCCCGAGAGUUCAGGCUCUCCCCUCAGGAAUGCAGCUCGCUCAGAGGUACGGUCUAACGUCAGCCGCAGACUGACCAGGAGUCGCAGUGCUGAUGGAGUCCGACAGGACUGGACCGAACCGGAUGAAGCAGGAGGACCAGACAUCACCGACAGCCUUCGUAUUUGGAGUGAUGGGAAUGUGGAGAAAAACGAAAAAGGUCAAACAAAGACUACAACCGUGGAGGCUGACUGUGUUUGUGGGCCUCGCUCGGUACAGUGGACGGACUUUGGUCGGUCGCUGCUUCUCGAUGAUCUGCUGGAACAUUAUCACGCUUUGCUGUGGAGUCUCUGCAGCAAAGCAUUGUGGGUAAAACUACACAUGGGCCAAACAGGAAACGCUGCAGGCAGCAGCAACCUUCAGGACCUCAGUGGAUUCCACUUUCUGCACAGGGUCUCUCAAGUCCUAAAGACCGGGCUGUCUGUGACGGAGAGUAAAUCUCUGCUGGAGGACUUCACUUCCUGUCUGUUGGCUCAGACUGAGCACGCUCACUGGGACUCUGUGAUGUGCAGAAGUUUGAGUUCAGCUCUGAGGGAUAAGUGUCUCAGAGGUGAAGGCAGAAACUCUGCAGCACCGUUUGCGAGGUCAGAGCGGCGGGCAACCGUGUCCCAAACCAUGGAGAACUUUCUUCUUCUCCUCCCACCUCUCCUGUCAGUCCUGUCCUGCCGUCAGUCCUCCAGCUGGCUGUCAGGUCCUGCUGGACUUCCUUCCAGGUGGGUCCUGCAGAGACGAACGGUGGGCCUGCUGUUAGCCUCAGUGCAGCUGUCUACAGUCUGGGUGGUGUCGAAGGCGUACCAGUUCCUGUCUUCAUGGAGUCCAAAGAAGUUCCUGCUGAUCACACAGGGAGACCUCAGAAUUUUGCUGAUGUCACUAGACCAGAUAAAGGAUCAGGUUAAGACCCUGACGGUGGACCUGAUCUCUGACCAUCAGUCCACAGUCCAGAACCACAACCUGCAUCUCCUGAGGCAGCAACUCAAAGUCCUGGAAGGAGCUGUGUCUGAGCUGCAGAGCUUCUCCUCCUCGGUCCUGAAGAGCUUCUCUGUGGACUGCAAGCGGGUGUCAGUGGAGAUCUUUGAACGCACCAUGCCCUCUGCAGGACACUGGAGGCCCAGCCACAGAACAGGUUUUCCCAGCACUCCCAGUGAGUACGCGUCUCUGGCAGCUCAGACUGUGAUUGGUCAGGUUCUGGAGGCCGUGGCGCCUCUGUCUGAAGAUGCUCGGGUCCAGGCCCUGAGCGUCACCAUGACGGCUUUCAUGGAGGCCUGGAUGGAACACAUCUUGAAGAGAAAGAUCAAGUUCAGCCUCCAGGGGGCGCUGCAGCUGAAGCAGGACUUUGAUUGUGUCAGAGAACUGAUCCGCUCAGAUGAGUCAGGUCUUUCAGCUGAACUUCACAGACGACUCCUCAGCCUCAGGGUGUUUCAGCAGGUGGACUCAGCAGUGCUGUGUUUGCUCCAGCAACCUCAGGUGAAACCAAACCUGCAUUACAGAGACUGGGAACCUUUUAGACACUGCUGUCCAAGCAGCAGGAGCAGGGACAGCAUCGAUGCUGUGGUGGGCAGUAAUAUAACCUACCUUGGUUUUGUGGAAGGAGAAGAUCCUGAUCCCUCCUUCGUGACCUCUGACCUCCCAUCAGUGGACCCGUCCAGCCCUGCAGAGCCCUAUCUGGCUCCAAGUGAGGCACUGGGUGCAGCCCAGCAGGACUGGCUGGACCUGAGGACCCAGAGCACGACUCGUCGCUGGAGGCUACCAGGACUUCUGUGUCUGUCCAAGACUGAGCCUUGAACACAACGUGAAGCCAAAAUAUUAAGUUUUUUACGUUUAGCAGGAGUUUACAACACUUUAGUUUUUAAAAUAUUUAAUAAAUUUAUAGUUUUUUACAGUUCAAA